ACGGCAUCAUAUUCGUUUGGCCCUGCCAAUUGUCUUCCUCCACACUAUGUUCUUCGCUAGGCGAUCGGCUGCUUCCGCGCGGCUACUGCUGCGCAAUCAGCCCCAGCGGCGAUUCGACUCGCACGCGGCUCACCACCAUGCUGAGCCUGUGAAUGAGAGCUUCGGCCUUCUACGUCACCGUCGGCUCCUUCGCCUCUGCCUACGUCCUUUACCGACUGAGCAAGUCCACCGAGGAGUCUGGAUCGCAAUCGUGGAUUUCCAGCCUCAUCCAAAAGUGGACCCCUUCGGAGAGAUUUUCGAAGAGAGAAAUGCCAUUCGCACUGUCGUAAUGGAGAAGGCUGCCCAUGACCGCCACUUGUUCCAAAGUCAGGGCCCUAGAGCCGUUUUCGAAUUGAAGCAGCCCGAGGUCAGCUUCAACGCCGCCCCUCCUUUCAACGUCCCUGCCGGCUCGGCUAUGGAUAUGAGCCAUGUUACCGCACACUAUGAGCGCCAAAACAGGGAGCAGGAAGAGGCCCGUGUUGCCCGGAUGCAAGAUGGCAAGGUUGUCUCUAUCUAUGAUUAGACAAAUUGAUUUCGUUUUCAUGUUCCAAGACGCCGGUAGUAGGCAUGACAGGGUCAAACAAUGUACAUAUAACAGGGCAGUGCAAGGUUUC